AAAAAAAUUAUAGAUUAUCUCAAUUCCCUAUAGAUAGCGGCGGUUUAUUAAUGAGAAUUGGUUGGAGAUAGAUUACGGUUGAGAGGAAUAAUUAAUGGUGUUUUUUCUAUAAAAGUAUAAGUUUGGAGUAAAUAAAAUUUUUAAAAAUAUCCAAAAAUUAAAAUUUGAUCCAAAAAUUACUUUUUUUCUAGUUUUUGAGAAUUUGAGAUUUUUGCCAUAUAAUUUUUUCAGGAAAUGACAAACUGUAUUUCCAUUCAAAUUUUUUCAAAAUUUUUCGUAGAAAUGACUUGCAUUUUUUAUGGUCAAAUGGAUUUAAGUUUGGUUGAAAAAAAUGGAAGGAAAAAAAAAGAAAGAACUAAAUUUUUUCUUUUAAAAAACACACAUUUGGGACAGUUGAAUGGAGUUCACAUGAUACCUUAAAGGUUGCAACUUUCGAGAAGCAUCCCCCACCCUUCUCUUCCAACUAACCCCCCACUCUCAAAAUCCCCCAUUUUCUUUCUUCAUCCCACCUUGCAUGUUGAAGUUUGAAUAAAUUGAGGUAUCAAAAAUUUGGGAAAAGCUUUAUUGUCAGCCAAUUGUUUUUUAAUUAUAGCUUAGGGUUUCUUAAAGAAUCAUAAUUAAGAGCAGUGUUUAGCAGUAAGUAUAGAAGGAUGCAGCAACCAGCAGGCAUGAUUCCAGUGAUGCCCUCUUUUCCUCCUCCUAAUGUCACUACUGACCAGAUUCAAAAGUACCUGGAUGAGAACAAGACAUUGAUUUUGGCCAUAUUGGACCAUCAAAAUCUUGGGAAACUAGCUGAAUGUGCACAGUACCAGGCUAAACUUCAGAAGAACUUGAUGUACUUAGCCGCUAUUGCUGAUGCUCAACCUCAAUCACCAGCUGUUCCAACACAAAUAACUCCCCAUCCUGCAAUGCAACAAGGAGGAUUUUACAUGCAGCACCCUCAGGCUGCCGCCAUGACUCAACAACAGGGCAUGUUUUCUCCAAAGAUGUCGCUGCAGUUUAACAACCCGCAGCAUCUGCAGGAUCAGCAGCAGCAUCAACAACUACAACGACAGCAGCAAGGUAUUCCUCAACAAACAGGUAUGCAACUUGGAGGUGCCAACAGUGGAAUGCACUCCAAUCUUGGUGGCGCAAGUGCUGGUAGCCAGCUUACAACUUCAGGCACAGGGGAUGCACGUGGAGGAAACAAACCAGACAACUCUGAGGCUGAGCCUUCGGGUGCUGAUGUUCAAGCUAGCUCGGUGACUGCCCAAGGUUCAGAAGAACAACCCAAGUGAUGGACUUUUUAAUAAUGUUUGAUAUGUACACUAGAGGGCAAUGGAUAGUAGGUUUAGAAUUAGUGUUGUAUCUCAUGCUUUUCAUGACGUGUUAUUAGAGAGAUGGUUAGGUAGGUUGUUUUCCUGGAGAGCGUCCCUGUUGCUCGUUUGAGUUAACCUCUGUUGUAACUUGUAGUUAGAGGAAGAAAGCUUGUUUAGAUUCUGUCCAAUGCUUGUACUGCAAUAACAUAGAACUGAUGCUGGUUUCUUUCUAACAUCAAUCAGCAUUGUUCUUA